AUGUCCCUUCUUAUCAUCUGCGCCACUUCCACGCCUCAGACGGACGACCCCACCAAGAAACUCGUGUUUGUUCUUGGCGACUCAACGGCCGAUGUUGGAACUAAUAACUACAUCACAACCCCUUUAAAAGCCAACUUCCCCCAAAAUGGCGUAGACUUCCCCGGGAGCCAACCAACUGGGAGGUUUAGCAACGGCUUCAACAGCGCAGACGAACUUGCAAAGAAGUUCGAGUUGAUGAUGAGCCCACCUCCUUUCCUGUAUCUGCUCACCCUCGGAUCGGGAUUCCAACACCAGCUCUGCAAAGGCGUAAACUUCGCCUCUGGGGGUGCUGGACUCCUAGACAUCACCAAUGUCAACAAUACAGUGCCAUUAUCGGAACAGAUCAACCAGUUCGCUACCGUCCGCAGUAAUCUCAGCGCCUUGAUAGGCGAAGCCGCGACCGAAGCGAAGCUCAACAAGUCCCUCUUCUUCAUCAGCAUUGGCAGCAAUGACAUAUUUGUUUAUUUCAACACAAGUGAUGCAAAAACUCCUCCGAACACAUUCAUCAACAUGAUGCUAUCAGCAUAUUCUCAGCACAUCAAAGCGCUGUACGGGCUUGGGGCGAGAAAAUUCGGGAUCAUAAGCGUUCCACCGGUAGGCUGCUGUCCGUUUUCGAGGCUCAUCCAGCUGAACCUUACCGCGACAAACGGCUGCUUCCCCCCGAUGAACGAUCUUGCUCAAGCCUUCCACCUUGCCCUCGAUGGCCUUCUUCUCAACAUCAGUUCGGAGCUUCCGGGGAUGAAAUACUCUCUUGGGAACACAUUCAAUAUGACACUUGAUGUCAUUAACACACCAAGAAAUUUAUGUAAGAAAGAGUGCAUCAAAUUGUAG